UUCGUAUCUGUUGGCAGCAAGAAAGGAAAAGAGAAAAUAAGGGGGGAGACGAGGGGGAAAAGAAGAAGAGCUGUCAAAAGAAUUCCCGAGUCUCUGAAACAGCGGAGGGCUGCGGCGUAUUAUCCCCCCUAGUUCGCCGUUCCAAACUGAGUAGGCCAGGGUGCUAUAGAAUCCCUUCUUGAAGUUCCUCCUCCUCGCUUUUCCGUCAGCACCCCGGCCCAGUGGAGUUUCGGUGGCUGUGUGUCGGGUGUUGAAGGUGGCCCGGGGAGCGGCGGCGGAGACGAAGAUGCGUGAUGCGCGAUAGAUAGAGCGAGCGUCUGCCACGCCUGAGGCCCAAGAGUGACCGCAGAGCCCCAGUCCAGCCCCGGCACUACACGAAUGGCCCAGGGAAACCACCAGAUUGACAUCCAGGUUUUGCACGACCUGCGCCAGAAGUUUCCCGAGGUCCCCGAGGGCGUCGUGUCCCAGUGCGUUAUUCAGAACAACAACGAUUUGGAUGCCUGUUGCAAGUACCUGUCUCAGGUGAGCCCCGCGUACCUGUACAACGACGGCAACAUCAGCCUCCCCCUCUCGUCCUCCUCCGUCUCGGUGAGCUCCCCGGCGUGCGACGAUCCCGGUUUGGCGCGCCUGCGCAAUCACAUGACUCAACUCACGCUGGGCCGGCAGUGCCAGCAUGUGCCCAGCAACAGCGCCGGCGUCCCGAGGAUGAACGGCAGCCGCGCGCUGUCCCACGGCCUGAGCGACGGGCCCCUGUCCGGCUCCCCCCAGACGCACGCCACCUUCUACGCCCAGGCCCACGAGCCCCAGCCCGCGCCCGCGCACUCGCACGCGCACUCCCCCGCCAGCCUGAGCGUCUUCGGCGGCAUGGAACCGGCGGCGGCGACGUCCACGCGCAAGCCCCAGCCCCCGCAGCACCUCGGCCUCUACCCCAUGGGCAGCAAGGUCCACGCCAUGGGGCCGCCGCAGGCGCCGCGCUUCAACCCCAUCACCGUCACGCUGGCGCCCAACAUCCAGACGGGCCGCAGCACGCCCACGUCCCUGCACAUCCACGGCGGGCCGCAGCCCGGCCUCGGCAGCCCGUCCGGGGGCAACUCCAUCUACAUCCGGCCCUACGUCAGCGGGCCCGGCUCCGGAGGCGGCCGGCAGAGCCACCAGCAGCAGCACCAGCAGCACCAGCAGCAGCAGCAGCAGGCCGGGGCGGCCCGCGCACAGUACAGCCCCACCUCGCAGCCCCAGCAGCAGAUCUAUCAGAUCAGUAGUCACCCCUCCAGCCUGACCGGGGGCUCGUGGAGCGGCGGAGGAGGUGGUAGUGGUGGAGGAGGUGGAGGAGGUGGUGGUGGUGGUGGCGGGGGGCUGCCGCAUAACCUUACCUCACAGCACCAGUCGCAGCAGGGCCACCAGACCUCGCACGUCUACAUGCCCAUCAGCUCGCCCACCAACCCUCAGGCACCCUCCUUCCUGCAGGCCAUCUCUGCCCAGGCCGCCUCCUCCGGCUCCUCCUCUUCCUCCGCCUCCUCCUCGGCCUCCUCCUCCGCGGCAGGCGGCGCGUGCCCUCCCUCCUCCUCCUCCAACUCCAACUCGGCCGCUCCCUCCUCCUCCUCCGCCUCCUCGGCCUCGGGCCUGCCCUCGUCCUGCUCCUUCAGCCAGUACAACAUCCAGAACAUCUCCACGGGCCCGCGCAAGAACCAGAUCGAGAUCAAGCUGGAGUCGCCGCAGCGGAGCAACUCGGCGGCCGCGGCCGUGCUGCGCACGUCCUCCUCCUCCUCGUCCUCCUCCUCCUGCCCGGCGUCCUCGUCCUCGCUGGGCUCCGGCGGCUGCUGCACCACCCCGCUCUCCAUCGGCGCCGGCGUGCCGGGCCUGAGCCGCAGCCAGCCCACCGUUUACAUCUCGGCCAGCCCGCCCUCGGCCUCGCUGGCCGUGCUCGGCGGCGACGACCCCUCGGCCGCCUCCGCCGCCGCCGCCGCCGCCGCUCUCCCGCCGAGCUCCUCGCGCGCGCAGCCCAAGUUCUACAUCUCGGCCAACGCCUCGGCGGACGACGGCUCCGGCGGGCGCAACCCGCCCACCUUCUACAUCUCGCGGGGCGAGCACGGCGCCGGCGUCAGCAUGGGCCCGGCGUACAUCCACCACCACCCGCCCAAGUCCCGCGCGUCCAUGGGCCACGGCGGGCCCGGCACCGCCACCUCGCCCCGCGUGGUGGUCACCCAGCCCAACACCAAGUACACUUUCAAAAUCACCGUGUCGCCCAACAAGCCGCCGGCCGUCUCGCCCGGCGUGGUGUCGCCCACCUUCGAGCCCACCAACCUCCUCAGCCUGCCGGCGGACCACCACUACGUGGAGCAGGACCCGCAGCACGCCUCCGACCCCCUGGCGGCCCACCGGGACCGGGCCAGCGAGCCCCGCCGACUCAGCAUGGGCUCCGACGACGCCGCAUACACGCAAGCCCUGCUAGUCCACCAGAAGGCCCGCAUGGAGCGGCUGUGGCGCGAGCUGGAGCUGAAGAAGAAGAAGCUAGAGAAACUAAAAGACGAAGUCAACGAGAUGGAGAAUGACCUGACCAAGAGAAGACUCCAGAGAUCCAAUUCUGUCUCUCAAAUUCCCUCGAUUGAGGAAAUGCAGCAGUUGCGGUGCAAGAACAGGAUACUGCAGAUCGACAUUGACUGCCUAACCAAAGAGAUCGAUCUCCUUCAAACACGAGGACCACACUUCAACCCCAGUGCAAUUCAGAACUUCUAUGACAGCCUUGAAAGCUUCGGUCCGGUCCCUCCAAAACCCAAAGGGCCAGAGUACCCUGGCUCACUGGACAGGAGAGGACGGAAAAUAAACGUCUCCUCCAAGUUAAAGAUGGACGCCUCUGCUGCUCUCCCUCCUCCUGUCCCUCUGGACACCCCCAGUAAGAGCGUGAAGGCGGUAGCCGACUCGGAGGAGGACGAGGGCACCCAGUGGAGCUGCACGGCCUGCACCUUCCUCAACCACCCCGCCCUCCUUCGCUGUGAACAGUGCGAGUUCCCGCGACACUUCUGAGCCACACCGGACGCCACAGCGACGCCAGGGCCCCCCCCGCACCGACCGCACUCUAAAACCCGGAAAAAAAAGCAACAAACACACACACACACACACACACACUCCGUCACAGUGGGAGAAUGGACGACUUCACUUCCUUCAUUCUUCUAGUCGUUUUGAGAAAACACGGACAGGGUUACCAGUUUUUUUUUUGUUGUUGUUGUUGUUCGUUGGUGUCCUGUUUCUUUCCCCCCUUUUUUUUGUUUUCUCCGAGGUUUGUCGAAUGCUUAAUCAUUGAAGGCCUGACUGGAUAGAGUUGUGUCUCUUAAACAAACCAACAAACAAAAGAAGCAAAACAAUGAAAAAAAAAAGAAAAAACACAAACGGAAGCCAGCAGCGCCGGCGGUACCUCUUCUUGGAGUGUGUGUGUACAGUACGUACGUGUGUGCCACACACACACACACACCACUGCCCCACCCAGCUCCGAGGGACAUUCCUCUGUCAAAGGGAGAGCCUCGGUCCUCCUUUCUUCAGUAUUAUCAGAGUACUGUGCCUCGGAGUGAAAACACACACACACACACACACACACACAACACACACACUCACUCACUCACUCACUCACUCUCUCACACACACACACGCACACACAAACAUAAACAUGCAUACACAUAAACACUGCCCGUACGCUCACACAGGGAAGACUGUGUGGAUGCCAGUGAUUUUGGGGCUCUUCUCCUUAACGGCAGGGAGAGGAAUCGGGAUUUGGACUCGAGUGUGUCUGUCCGUGUGUGUGUGCCACGCAGCGGAAACUGCCAUGAUGGGGAAAUGACACACACAGGCCCCUUCUGGGCCAGACUGACGGCCACAUCAGGGCCACUGUGUCCAGGGGCUGAUGAGAAGAUUCUGGCGGAGUUUCUGCCACUGAUGGGGGGGUGAAAAAAGGAAGCAUACGAUUCUCGUGUUAUUCUCCUUUUUCUUUGAGAUUACUCCUCACCAAAACCGGCGCCUCUGCAAAUUGUAGCGGAAAAAAAAACAACCAAAAAAGAGAAAAAACUAAACUGCAUGCUUUACAUGUACAGUCAAUGGAGGAGAAAACUAUUUCCCUGAACUUAUAACUGUACAUAGUUUUAGAAUGUGCUUUUAAACAACGAAAAAAGAUGCCUCCUUCUCACACUAUGAAUCUCUUAUAUUUCUUGUAAGUAUAGCUCUAUAGACUUACUAUAGAAUAACUUUUCCUCUCUUUCCCCCCCUCCCUCUCCCCCCUUUCUUCUUGAACAUGAAUAAGCACGGUUUCCCCAUUUUUGUAAGCUUUUGAACUUGAUUUCUGUGAGGAGGGAAGCAAUGCCUAUGGGAAGCGGAUUUGUUUUUGUUUUUGUUUUUGUUUUUUUUCCAAGGAUGUGUUCAUGAAGCUCUGGGCCGCUCGCCUCUCCUUACUGGCAUACAAAGCUGCUGACGGUCCUACGUACGAUCUGCGCAUGCAGCGGAAGUCGGAAGAUGGAGUUAUUUGUUUUUCUUUUUGUUUUUUUUUCCUCGUCUCUGAAGAUGCAAGAGAACUUUGGACUGUUAACAAGGACAAGAAAACAAGCCCACAAAAAAAAAAAGGAUUGACUAACCAUCUUAUCUGACAACUGGAAUGUAGGUUUAAUAUUUGGGGAUUUUUACACCUCUGUGCCAAGAGAAGGGUGCAUUUUUACCGAUGCACCCAUAAACAUUUUAUAGAAAAAGAAACUAUAUAUUCUCCAGAGUAAAGUUUGAGGGCUUGGACUAUUUUUUUUUUUUUUUUUUUUUUGGGAGGGUGGGGGUUGGGUUGAUGUUACCUGGGUGUAUGUGCGCAGCUUGAUCUAAAGAGAUGAGUGUUAAGCAACAAGGGCUUUCACAAAUGAAACAGUGUCACGGUGUUGGUUGGAUUGGGUUUAGAAGUAAACUAUGAAAUCAAUCAAUUACAGUCAACCAAAGCUCCAGGAUGCGGCUGCGCAAUAGGCAGCCCUGUCGUUCAUCAAGUGCCUCGCACCUGUGAUCACCUACAUGUGCCUGAAGCCUGAAGGACUUGACCUCGGCUAAGACUACACAAGCCAAAACAGACAGUGCCACAAGUGAUUAUUUUCCCCUCCCCCCAAAGUAUGUUGGUCCUAACUAUUGAUUUGAGAAUUCAGUGUUUACUGUUUUAUUGAUUUUUACCUUAAUAUUUGAAGUUUUUUUUUUUUUCCUCAGAUUUGUGAAAGAAAAAAAAAAUCUCACGUGUUGCAAUUUGCUGCCUCACCCUGCUGGAUUCGAGUGCUUUGUGUCUGAGUAAUCUAAGCAGUCACCAUUCAAACGUGUCUUUUUUUUUUUUUUUUUUUUUUAAAGCAAAAAACACCAGAGGAUUACAUGCAUUACAUGGAUGGAAUUGGUGAAAGGGUAGAGGGUUAAACACAAUGUCUCUGAAGCACUUAUGUGAUACUUUGACCUGUUUUAGAAUUAAAAAGGAAAUCCAGUAUCUGCUUCAGCCAUAGCCCAUUGAGACGAGUCUGUUCAUACGUGUUUUAUUAAUUAAAAGCAAAACAGAGAGACUAAUUUGGAUAUCUAAAGUUGUUUUUGAUUUUAGCUGGGAAAACUGUCUUUGUAACAGAUAAGUUAUUUGUAAAAAUAAAAAAAAUCUAUUCUGAAA